GGGGUCUCGGCGCAGCUCGGCCCGGAUAUCGGGAUUCAGCCCGAUAUCAGAAAUCCAGCUGCGUGUCAGGUGAUCAGCUUGCCAAUGAUUCGUUGGUAAAUCGAUACGAGCCAAAUCUACGUAACAGUUCCUUCGUUGCGGACGACGCCGCCAACCCGGGUGGCCUGAAGUCUAUUUUAGACGAGUUCACUUCUAGAGUUCAAACUGGGAAAAUCCGUACCAAUGCCUUAUUGGUAAUUUCGCAGAAGUGGGGACCUGAAGUUUGCCGGGAAUACGCGUCGACUGGCCUGUCGCAGACUACACUUAGGGCGCUUCGAAGGGUUGCGAACCAACACGCCUGGGAAGUCGCAAAGGUUAUGCUGAAUCAAGUACUCAGUAUCGACGACAGAUCAUACACGUGCCCCGCCGGACAACGGAUCCAGACGCGUCAUUUAGAGUGGCUGUUGGCUUGGAGGAAUGGGAAAAAGAAGGAGCUUUAUAUCAGAACGGGCUAUCAGAAGACCGUCUCUUUCGCCCCGCUUUCUGGGUCAUGGCGCUAUGAUAAGCUCGGAGUAGUCUUUCCUCAAAACUUUACGCCGACUGAACCAAUCCCGCAGUAUCAUGAUUCUGCAAAGCACCCCCCAAGUAUCUUCGAACCUUCAGGGCUAGAGAAGUUACAGCCCAACGGGAUCGUUCCGGAGCUCGAGGACGCCGACGAGAAUGCCAACGAGGAUGCCGACGAGGACGCUGACGAGGACCCAAAGCCAGCCGCACCACUUAGCUCUCGAUCACUCUCCGCCAGGAUUGCCAAAAGGCCAGUAAUCACAGCCUUAAAUGUUCAUUGUCAGCAUGCCCUGGGCAAACGGAAGGACCUGCCACCUCCAGUCCGUAGGCCUUCACCUAAGAGGCGGACAGUUGUCCCAUUACCAAGUCAGCAACCGAAAUUACCUACGUCAGAGUCAGAUGACGUAAUCCUCCAACCCAUCCCACACCCAGCUAUACCCACGUCAAGAUCGACAAAGAAGGUGUUACUCGCUUUCAGCAAGUAUCUCCUCGAAGUGUAUCCGCUGGCUGAACGGCUUGCGGAGGAUCAUCGGACUGCGAUAAAGCUUCAUACGACCUUAUUAGGCCUGAACUCUCUCGUUCCCCAUUGCAAGCCACACCAUGGAGAGUCUCGGCUUUGCAAGUUCGCUAAGGGUCUGCCAGUACCAGAGGAGCUAUCGACCUUAAGGCAGAUAUUCUCUUCUUUUCGAGAUAACAGCCAUAAAGUCUCUGUUCAACUCUCAGACAUCCCAAAUAACGAGCUAGCAUCUUUCCGGUCCCUACCUAUUAGUGCCGUGCAAGAUGUCUUUCUCAAAGACGAGCCUCCACAAGCCUUAUUCAAUGUUUUGGAUCUCACGUGUAUGUUCCACGCUUUUAUGAUGCCUGAUCAGUUUCUGGAUCCCGCUUUACGAAUGGAUAAGACAUUGCUCAAACAUGUCUCGAACUAUAUCUUCCAGGAUAGCUCGUACGAGCGCCUUCGAGCCGAGAACUGGCAAUACAAAGAGCUUAUGCAGUGGCUAUUACUUGGCCGAGGCGGUCAUUCGCUCCCGCAUUUGGAUAGCUCAGGUUUUGCCACUUGGCUACGUGUCUGUCACGGCAGUAUCUUGUUCAUCUGGCUUGAUUCGGAGGAGGACAAACACGCGUGGCUACAGGGCGUCAGCAGAUCCGAACCAUUAUACUCCGGCGAUUGGUUGUGCAAGGUCCUUUCUGUUGGUGAUGCUGUUUCGAUCGCAAGCGGCACUCCUCACGCAGUAGUACGGUAUAAUCUUGAGCCGACUGCGAUCGUUGGGGGCCACUAUAUGCAAUUCACUCAUAUCCCACGUAUAAUCCAGACUCUAGCGGACGAGAUGGAUCAUCCAAAUUGUACUAAUGAGGAUAUGGAUGUUGAUUGGGUCCGUCAUGUCCAGCGUGCAAUCAGCAAGGCUGUCGAUAUUGAACGUACUAGGGCCGAUGGUCUGGUCUCUGAUGAGUUGAAGAAACAAAUUGAUGCUGCAACGAAGAAGUUUCAAAGCUCACUGAAAAGAUGGCGAAAAAGAAGGUAGUAAAAGCAUAGCUGGAUAUACAACUUCGUUCCUUAUUAGAAAAUAUAGUACAUUUGGAUAGGGAAAUGUCUUUGGACGU